AUGGACUGUAGCCUGCCAGGCUCCUCUGUCCAUGGGAUUUCCCAGGCAAGAAUACUGGAGUGGGUUGCCAUUAUGGGAAAUCUAUUACUUUUAAUUAAGAAGGCAAUUGUCCCAGCAGGAAUGAGGGAGGGCCCUACCUCUCUCUGUGCCGCUCUCCCCAAUGACUUCAGUUCAGAUGAUUUCAGGUGCAAGGAACAAAACACUCUGGCUCUAACAAUAAAAAUACUUGUUGUUUCUAAUAAAAAUCUGCCUGGUGGUGGGCUGGGCUCCUGGCAGGUGUAUCAGGACUCUUGCCCCACUUCUCCGGGAAUCUCUUGA